AUGCAAGAGUUGAUUAACCAGGAGAAGUCUCAUAACUCGUCGAUGAGCAAUAAUUCAUUAAAUGCUAGUGCUUCGCAUCCUCAUCAAGCGCGGCUUCCUCCUAUUGAAAUACCGAAAUUUGACGGUAAUAUACAAGAGUGGAAUUCCUUCUUUGACCUUUACAAGGCAAUGGUUCAUAAUAAUGAGCAUUAUUCGUUAGCUCAGAAAUUCUCUUACCUUCGAUUGGCACUAGGUGGUCCAGCAUCGGACAUUAUCAAAGGGAUACCGAUCACGGAACUCAACUAUGAAGUAGCUAUGAGGAAGUUACAACAGAGAUACGACAAUAAAAGCUUGGUUAUUCAGUCACAUAUUCGUGCCAUUCUCGACGCACCUCGAGUAGAGGUCGCUUCGGCGAACGAAUUGCAGAAGCUGCAUUCAUGUGUUUCAACUCAUAUCGCCGCACUUGAGUCGUUAUGCCAACCGAUUGAACACUGGGACGCAUGGCUCGUAACAAUUAUUCUGAGGAAAUUAGACCAUACCACAAGCCAUGAAUGGCAGCUGCGUCGAACUAACACAGAUUUACCAACAUAUAUCGAGCUGGAAGAAUUUAUUUCAAGUCGUUGCAUUGCAUUUGAGAGCUCCGAAACACUAGAUGCUAAUGAAAAGGGUGAAGAAGCAAGAUAUCCGACAAACAGCGCAAUUACGAAGAAGACGUCUAAUCAUACAGCUACAAGAAAAGGACUCAUAGCUUCAAUUCCCAAUGAUAUAAAAUGCAGCUGCUGCUCUGAACCACAUAAGCUAUACGCAUGUAGUAAGUUUAAAGAUCUAUCAAUAGGAGAUCGUGUCACGGUAGUUCGAGACUCAAGAUUAUGUUUUAACUGUUUUUCUCCAACGCACAUGGCAACUGUAUGUAAAUCUCUUUAUGGUUGUCGUAUAUGCAGACGAAGGCACAACACUCUGUUGCACUUUGACAAGGUUCCAGAGCCUCAACAAACCACUGAAAGGGAACGGACUACAACAGAGACGUCAAACGUGUCGGCAGCUGCAUCCGCUUUUAAUAGACUAGAACAAAACUACACGUUUUUAGCAACUGCAGUUGUCCUUAUUACUGAUAGACGAAGCAAUCAGCGUAAGUGUAGAGCUCUACUUGAUAGCGGCUCACAGGUGAAUUUUAUAUCAGGAAACCUCGCCAAGUCACUGCAACUAGAAUGUAAAAAGUCUAACCUACCAGUCGGUGGUAUUGGGGCGAGCCAAGUGAGAGCUGUAUCCUAUGUUGAAGUCUCGGUCCAAUCAAGACUGAGUGAUUAUUGUGUUAAAUUGGUAUGUUACGUGUUGCCAACGAUUGUAAAUAAUUUACCAUCAUGUGAAACGCCAAAAGAGGGUUGGCAAAUUCCAGAUGAUUUGAUGUCACAGCUAGCAGACCCUUCCUUUCAAAAUCCAGGGACAGUUGAUUUAUUAAUAGGCGGUGGAGUAUUUUUUGAUGUGUUCUCAACUACUGUACCUCGGAUACCAUUAAAAGUCAAGAAUGUAGUUUUGAACUUCAGCAAUCUUGGGUGGAUAGUGACUGGUGAAAUAGGAGUAGUGACUUUAGUUGGAAUUCAUUCAGUCGGCGAAUCUUUAGAGGAAGAUUGGAAAGCAAUUAUGGCCAGCGAGACUUCCAGUUUCGGACGGCUAUCGAAGGCAAAUCAAAGAUGUUUGGAAGAGGCAGAAACACUUGAACAUUUUAAUCAAACUACAUACAGAGAUAAAGAGGGACGGUUCGUAGUACGUCUGCCAAAGAAAGACACGGUGAAUGAGUUGGGUUCUACGUUGGCUAUGGCGACAUCCCGAUUUCUUAGUGUGGAACGCAGAUUACAGCACGAUGAGAAGUUUAGAACAGAAUACACAAAAUUCAUCAAUGAAUAUAUUGAAAUGGGGCAUAUGGUAGAAGUCGUCGAUGAAUUAAUGAUACCAAAACCAUCCUUUUACCUACCACAUCAUGCGGUCCUUAAAAGCUCAAGUCUGACAACCAAGCUCCGAGUUGUGUUUGAUGCGUCAGCCACAAGCUCGUCAGGGCUAUCGCUCAACAAAGUGUUGAAAUGUGGUCCUACCGUGCAAGAGGACGUAUUCGGGAUACUUACGCGUUUUAGAAAACACCAAUACGUCGUAACAUCCGACGUUGAAAAAAUGUUUCGUCAAGUACGCGUUUCAGAGGAUGAUUGGAACCUGCAACGGAUUUUGUGGAGACAAAAUCCGAAAGAGCAGUUACGUACUUAUCAAUUGACGACUGUGACUUAUGGAACGACACCAGCGUCGUUUUUGGCUACACAAUGCCUAGUUGCUUUGGCAGAAGAAGUGAAGGAACAAUACCCCGAAGCGUCAACGUCCAUUCUUCGUGACUUUUAUAUGGACGACUUAAUGACAGGCGCGGACAGUGUGGAAGACUGUUGUAGAAUUCAGAAAGAGGUAAACUCUAUCCUUGAUUCUGCAAAAAUGCCGCUGAGAAAGUGGUGUUCAAACUCCCAAGAUAUAAUUGAACAAAUGGGUAAACGUGAAGGUGAUACGUUGUUCACACUUGAGAUAGGAGACGGAGAAAUAGUGAAAUCUUUAGGACUGGAAUGGAAGCCACUGUUAGAUCAAUUCUUUUUUACUAUAUCUCCCACUUUACAACCGAAAUGUUUAACUAAGCGAGUGAUAUUAUCAGAUCUUAAUAAGAUUUUUGAUCCUCUUGGGUUUUUGACACCCGUGCUGAUAAAAGGUAAAAUUUUUCUGCAACAGAUGUGGGCAGAGAAAAUGGAUUGGGAUAAACCGUUGCCAAUAGCCAUGCAAACAAAAUGGAGCGCCUUCUACCAAAGUUUAGGCCAGUUGAAGGUACUAGAAAUUCCAAGGAAAGCGAUUCCAAGUCUGUCGAAGGACAUCGAAGUCCAUGGUUUCUGCGACGCCUCGGAAGAAGCGUACGCACCUUUGAAAGGAACCACCAUCCCACGCUUAGAGCUGAAUGGGGCGCUGUUACUUGCUGAAUUAGUCAACAAAGUGUCAGAGUCGUGGGGCUUUCAGUUGGGAAGUUGUCAAUUAUGGACUGAUUCGAUCGUAGUCUUGAGUUGGAUAAACAGUCAGCAAACCAGAUUAAAAUCUUACGUUCUAAAUCGAAUAUCACAAAUUUUGGAAUUAACUGAUGCGAACCAGUGGCACCACGUACGUACAGCCGAUAACCCUGCUGAUGUUAUUUCCCGUGGCAUAAGUGCCAAGGAACUGUUGAGAGCAGAUCUCUGGUGGUAUGGACCAAGAUGGAUGUCAGAUCAAAAAAGCCAAUGGAAUGCGUCAGAAGUACAGUUAAUCGAGGAUGAAGAGAUCCCGGAACAACGGACAGUAAAACUUGCAUUAGUGAUUUCUCUACCAUUAACCAAGCUCUUCGAUGCUUUCUCGAACUGGCACAAAUUAGUACGCUCAGUAGCAUGGCUCUUACGAUUCAUAAGGUAUAUGAAGCUAAAAAAAACUAUUGAAUAUCCAAAGCAUUUAUUAGUUUCCGAGUUACAAGGCGCUAAAGUCGCUGUGAUCAAAUGGGUUCAGAGAGAGUCGUUUUACGAGGAGUUUAAAUCAUUAGAAUCUAAUAAGGAACUACUUCGAAGAAGCAAAAUCAAGAAUUUGCAGCCAUUCAUAAAGGACGGUCUAAUCUAUGUCGGUGGACGUUUAGAGUAUUCCAACAUAUCUGAACAGCAAAAACAUCCUUUAAUACUACCAGCGACCCACAAAAUAACGCGCUUAAUAUUUGAAGAUCGGCACCGAGAAUUACUGCACUGUGGACCACAGGCUUUGUUGGCUGAAAUAAGAAGAAUGUAUUGGCCACUGAGAGGACGAAUAAUGGCACGUUCAGUAACAUCACGUUGUGUUCAGUGUGUAAAGGCAAGACCUAAGUUUUUGUUACCACUCAUGGCCCCAUUACCAAAGGAUCGAGUACAAUGCUCUCGGCCUUUUGCUAUCGCUGGGGUAGAUUUCGCUGGUCCGAUUGUUAUCAGAAGUGGAAUCCGGCGAGUAACCGGCAUCAAGGCCUGGAUUGCUGUUUUUGUGUGCUUUUCGACUAGGGCAGUUCACUUAGAGGCUGUGGAAGACCUAACAAGCGCUGCAUUCGUAGCUUGCUUACGUCGAUUUAUGUCAAGGCGUGGAAAAUGUAAGAGAAUUUAUAGCGAUAAUGGUACCAAUUUUGUUGGGGCGCAAAAAGAGCUCACUGCAUACAUGGAAAAAAUUGAUAAGCGAAUGGAAGGAGAAGGAAUCGAAUGGAGAUUCAACCCCCCCUCAGCUCCUCAUUUUGGAGGGCUUUGGGAGAAUGCU